AUGAAUUCACGUUUGUUAAUUCAUCGUUUCAAUCGAUGUCUUCGGUCUGCAUUCAGUACAAACACAAAAAGUCGAGUCGCACCGACUAUGGCACUAUUAAAUGGUAAUAUAUGGACCGGAAAUAAGGAACACCCACAUGCUCAAGCAAUAGCUUGUGUCGAUGAUAUGAUUACACACGUUGGAUCAAACUCUGACGUGUUGUCUUUGCUUGACACGCAUAAAGAUAGUCAAACACAAAUUCUCGAUGCACAAGGAAAAUUUGUCAUUCCUGGAUUUAUUGAUUCACAUAUUCAUUUUAUUAUGGGUGGUCAGAGGCUGUCUUCUGUGCAAUUAUCCGAUGCUCAAACUCGAAACGAAUUCAUUCAGCGUAUUAAAGAUUUCGCUGCGGUUCAACCACGCGGCAAAUGGAUUUUAGGCGGUGAGUGGGAUCACACGUUGUGGCCUCAAGAAGAACGAGAGCUGCCAACACGUGCAUGGAUUGAUAAAGUAACUCCUGAUAAUCCCGUAUGGAUUAAUCGGAAAGAAGGACAUAUGUUUCUUGCGAAUACAUUAGCUCUACAACAAGCUGGUUAUGCGGAUUUUAGUACGAUUCCAGAUGUUGAAGGUGGGACUGUAGUGCGAGAUGGAAAUGGACAGCCAACUGGUUUAUUCAAGGAUAAUGCGAUGAAUAUAGUUUAUUCUUGUGUACCACAAGCUACUCAAGAUGAAGAUGAUCAAGCAAUCGAAGCUGCUACACAGUAUUGUUUCGAGAAUGGUGUGACAUCCAUUCAUCAUCUUACAGAGCCACCAUCUCGCAAUCGUGCUUGUGUAGGAGAUGAUAUUAGUACAUUCGAAAGUGCACAUAAAAGAGGACGACUGAAGAUCAGAGCUUAUGUAGCGGUUCCAAUUGAAAAUUGGGAAAUACUUCGAAAUCGUCUUGCUCUACCUGGAGCUUGGCGUGGUGAUAAAAUGUUACGUAUUGGAGCAGUCAAAGGUUACGUCGAUGGUUCUCUUGGUAGUCAUACAGCCUGGUUCUUCGAUCCGUAUGUUGAUACACCAAAUUAUGCGGGUGAAACGGUCAAUUCGGAAAGUGACCUCUAUCGAUGGAUCAAAGGCAUUGAUGCAGCCGGCAUGCAAGUAUUUAUUCAUGCUAUUGGUGAUCGUGCUAAUCAUAUUGCAUUGAAUAUUUACGAACGUGUGCAACGGGAGAAUGGUAGAAAAGAUCGACGUUGGCGUAUUGAACAUGCACAGCAUGUCGCAUCAGCAGAUUUCCAUCGAUUUCGUGAGUUGGGUGUUAUUGCUAGUGUUCAACCGUACCACGCUAUUGAUGAUGGUCGAUGGGCUGAAAGUAUUCUUGGAACUCAAAGAUGUAAGAACGCUUAUGCAUUUCGUUCUUUUCAAAAUGCUGGUGUUCACAUGGCAUUCGGUUCGGAUUGGUUCGUUGCACCUCCUGUACCUCUUUUAGGCAUACAUGCAGCAGUCGUACGUCAAACAUUACCCACUGGCAAUGAUAAUAAACUAAACAAUGUGUUUGUUCCUGAGCAAUGCGUAUCGGUACAGCAAGCUUUAUAUUCGUAUACGUUGGGGGCGGCCUAUUCUGUGCAUGAAGAAGGUAUCAAAGGAUCGAUUGCUGUGGGCAAACUUGCCGAUUUUGCCAUUCUCGACCAUGACUUAUUCACGGUUCGAAAAGAAUUUAUAGAACAUGUCAAAGUAGAGAAAACAGUACUAGGUGGUAAACUAGUUUAUGAAGGACAGCCACAUCAACGCGUAGUACAUUGUGGAAUUGGGACAUGUUAUACUUGCAGUUAG